CAUGGGGUGUAACUAUACAAUUCUUUCAAAAUACUUGCACUUCCUACAGAAAUCUCUCAGUAGUCUUCACCUAUGCAGGGAGCCAUGUUGAAAAUCUGCACUACAGAGCUGGGAGAAAGAAGGUGUGACCCUUUGGAGGCUAUUGGACUGCAUCUCCCAUCAGCCUCAGCCACCAUUACCGAUGAUAAGAGACGGUGGGAUUUGUAGGUUCCCCACACCUUAGCUGGAGAGGGAUGGAAUAGAGGGAGAAAGCAAGGGAGGGGGGAAGAGAGAGUAUUAAUCAAAGAGAUCUGCUAUGGGCUGAGGUUUCCUUUCUAGAUGCAGAGGUUCCCCCUUUCCUGCCAGUGAAACCGCGGCUGCUGUUGCUGCUGCUGCUGCUGUUGCUGCUGCUGGAGUCUCACUGCUGUUGCUGCUGAUGCGAGCAUCCGAGUGAAUGAGAGAGGAGGCAGGACCAAGGAGAGCUGCCCUCCAUUAGGCCACUGAGACUUGUCGAGGAUGUUUAGUGUUGCCUCCUGGCCACAUCAGGGAUGGGCACCUCUCAGGAUGAGCUCCAGCAUUACUCAAGGAGAAGACAUGCAGCUGUCUCAAACCUGGAUGCCGAAAGUAAACUGAGUGUGUACUUCCGUGCCCCUUGGCAUCAGCAAAGAAACGUUUUCCUUCCUUCCACCAGACCGGCUUGUGUUGAGGAACUGCAUCACCAUGCAAAGCAGAACUUGAGAGCCUUGAGAAAGGAGCAGCGAAACCGGGGUGAGAGCAGAGAACAGAAAACCCAGAGUCAAAUCUCAGUGGUGGCUCCCCCUUUUCCUUCUUUCCCUGUGACCUACAAUCAGAAACACAAAGAGGCAAAGGAUCGUCACUUGCUAAAAUUUUACAGCACCCGCUCGCCCUCCCCCACCGAGUGUUGCCACAUGACCCCGUGGAGUAGAAAGUCCCACCAUCCAGAGGAAGACGACGCAGAUGUCAUGUUAGGGCAGAGACCGAAAAAUCCAGUACAUAAUAUCCCUUCUACACUGGAUAAGCAAACCAACUGGAGCAAAGCACUUCCUCUCCCAACUCCAGAGGAGAAAAUGAAACAAGAUGCCCAAGUGAUUUCCUCUUGCAUUAUCCCCAUCAAUGUCACUGGAGUUGGUUUUGACAGAGAGGCUAGUAUACGCUGCUCUCUUGUUCACUCACAAUCCGUGCUACAGCGGAGACGGAAAUUGAGAAGGAGGAAAACCAUCUCUGGCAUCCCCAGAAGAGUCCAACAAGAAAUAGAUUCUGACGAAUCACCAGUAGCAAGAGAACGGAAUGUGAUUGUGCAUGCAAAUCCAGACUUCUCUAAUAACGUCAACAGGAGAUCAGGUACCAGGGAUUCUGAGUGCCAAACAGAAGAAAUCCUCAUUGCUGCCCCAUCCCGGAGAAGAAUCCGAGCUCAGAGGGGUCAAAGUGUUGUAGCCUCCCUCUCUCAUUCUGCUGGCAACAUAUUGGUGCUCACAGACAAUGGUGAUGCCAUGUUUACAACAUCAGUAAGCAACCGCGUACGAUCAAGGAGUCUCCCUCGUGAAGGUGCUAGAGCCAAUGAAGUGGACCACCACAACACUGGUGCCAAAGUGUCAGCAUAUGAAGCAGAACACUUUUUAACAAGCCAAGAAAGAAUAUCUGCAAAGAGUAAAGAUGCCAUAAAUAAUCCGUGUUUGCAAGAACACCAUCCCAUAGGUUUAAAGUGUUCUCAGCAUCUUCACAGUCCAGAUCACAACUCCAAUGAGAGGGGGAGAUCAAGGUUAUCAAGGAUGGUCGAUUCCGGAAGCUGUGAUAUCUCAUCAAACUCUGACACCUUUGGAAGUCCCAUUCACUCCAUCUCUACUGCCGGGGUUCUUCUCAGCAGUCACAUGGACCAGAAAGAUGACCAUCAAUCAUCUAGUGGGAAUUGGAGUGGGAGCAGUUCAACAUGUCCUUCCCAGACAUCAGAAACUAUUCCUCCUGCUGCUUCUCCCCCACUGACUGGUUCUUCACACUGUGAUUCAGAAUUAUCGCUUAACAUUGUUCCCAGUGCCAAUGAGGACUCAAAUAUCUUCAUAACAGAACACUAUACUGAUCAGAUAGAUAAGAUUAGAGGUCACAGGGCAAGUUCUUUCACUUCCACUGUAGCAGAUCUACUGGAUGACCCUAAUAAUAGCAACACAAGUGACAGCGAAUGGAAUUACUUGCAUCAUCAUCAUGAUACAUCCUGUCGUCAAGAUUUCAGUCCUGAACGUCCCAAGACAGACAGCCUGGGAUGUCCAAGCUUUACAAGCAUGGCCACUUAUGAUAGUUUUAUAGAGAAGACCCCGUCUGAAAAAGCAGACACUAGCUCACACUUUUCUGUUGACACUGAAGGCUACUAUACCUCCAUGCACUUUGACUGUGGUCUCAAGGGAACUAAAAGUUAUAUUUGUAACUAUGCAGCUGUGGGCUCCGAGAGUGGCCAGAAUGCAAGUGUUGCCUCUAGUUUUACUAACUGCACCUGGCAGGAUUAUGUCAAUCACAGGAGGCACGGAAAACAGAGCAUCUCUCUUAAGAAACCAAAGGCAAAGCCAGCCCCACCAAAACGCAGUUCAUCUUUAAGGAAACCUGACAGCAGCACAGAUCUUCCUGAGAAGAAAGAACCAAAGAUAAGCAGUGGGCAGCAGCACAUGCCUCAUACUUCCAGGGAAAUGAAGCUGCCCCUUGAGUUUGCAAAUACACCUUCAAGAACAGAAAAUGCUAAUUUACCAAGCAAACAGGAGCUCCCUUGGGAUAAUCAGGAUGAGAGUGGAUUAAAAGAACUUUCAUAUGACACCAUGGACAUCCCAUCCUUUAAAGAUGAAGGUGCUGAACAAUCUCACUAUGCAGAUCUCUGGCUUCUAAAUGACUUGAAAUCUAAUGAUCCUUAUAGGUCUUUAUCCAAUUCUAGCACUGCUACAGGUACUACGGUCAUAGAAUGCAUAAAGUCGCCUGAAAGUUCAGAAUCGCAAACAUCGCAGUCUGGAUCGCGAGCCACCACUCCUUCCCUCCCUUCUGUUGAGAAUGAGUUUAAGUUGGCUUCCCCAGAAAAGCUGGCUGGUUUAGCUUCUCCUUCAAGUGGUUAUUCCAGUCAGUCUGAAACACCAACAUCAUCCUUUCCUACAGCUUUCUUUUCUGGACCCCUAUCCCCAGGGGGAAGUAAAAGGAAGCCAAAAGUUCCAGAAAGGAAAUCCUCCUUACAACAGACUUCUAAAGAUGGCAGCUUCUCUCUAAAUAAAGAUCUUGAACUUCCAGUUAUACCUCCAACCCAUCUUGACCUAAGUGCUCUUCACAACGUCCUGAUUAAACCCUAUGCUCACAGACAUCAACUACAUGCUUUUAAUAACAACAAACCGAACGUGGUAGAAGAAGCACUGAACUCUAAUUCUUCACCGGCCCUUGCUAUUACGCCUUCAGUCCUGAAGUCUGUACAUCUUCGAGCAAUCAAUAAGCCUGAAGACACAAAACACAAAGAUAACACGGACUUCCUCCACAUUCAAGCAAAAUCUUCAAUGGUGACUUCAAUUUCUUCAGGUAGAAUAAAACCACAUGGAAGUAAGAAACAAAUAUCACGCCAGUAUUCCAUGGAAGAGGCCAUAGUGUCCUAUAUUAAUCCUUCUCCAGUGCAGAUAACCGCAGAACAACUGCAGGCAGAAGAUGAUUUGACUUUAAGUGAAAAGAAUACCUACCAAAAGACUCUAACCUCAGUAGAUAUGGGUGCUCCAGCAACUAAAUAUAUAACAGACCAAACACAUUCGGUUCAUGACUUUUUAGUAGGGAGUACUUUAAAUAAAACCUCCAGCAGUUGUGCUGAACGGUUUCCACAGGGCAUGGGAGGACUAUCCAGCAAUUCUGACAGGAAGAGAACUACUUUUGGAUCAGAAAAAGAUAAGAGACUUGACCCUGUGCAGAAGCUUCAGCAAGCACUACCUGCACACUGUGAAAAAAAGUUUGAACCCCUCAAUGAAGGUACGUUCCCGUCUAACUCCUCAUCUCGGGGAGCAGACAUCAGUUAUCAGCUAAAGCAUCAGCUCAGCCUAAGCCAAUGUGAUGACAAAGUGCCUGGGAAUAUCAGCUAUGAACCGGAGAUCUCAACUGUAGAUUCACUCAGUGACAGAUAUACUGAACAAGAAAACUAUACUAUGUCAGGUAUUCCAACCAAAAGUGCCUCAGAUGACAAAGACAGGAGAGCAGCUGAGCUACAAGGGACUCCAGAAGAAGACAUCUUCAAAGAAUUUUCUCCAAGCGAUGAUUCCAUAAUCUCACCCUUAAGUGAAGAUUCCCAAGCUGAAUCAGAAGAUGCUUUUGUGUCUCCAAAUAAACCCCGAACAACAGAGGACCUAUUUGCAGUCAUUCACCGGUCAAAAAGGAAAGUACUUGGAAGAAAGGAUUCUGGAGAGACUUCUUCCAGGAACAAAUCGAGAGCUUCAUCUAGUACUAGCAGUGUGUCUCCUGCCAGCAGCACACCCCCUGCAGCUAGUGUUCCUCCUCCUCCUCCGAGUGUUGCAAGCCCAGUGUGCAGCCAGAGAUCACCUGGACUUAUUUACAGGAAUGCCAAAAAGUCCAAUACAUCAAAUGAAGAAUUCAAACUGCUGCUCCUGAAAAAGGGCAGCCGGUCUGAUUCUAGCUAUCGGAUGUCAGCGACCGAAAUACUGAAGAGUCCAGUUUCACCCAAAUCGCCUGGAGAAUUACUUGGAGAUACUUUACAAAACACUGAUGAGUUUUCCCAAGCCUCGUCAGGUGUCGAGGCAUUCACUCCUCUCUCUCCUUGCCCCCCAAGAAUAAAUCCAGAAGGGGGUUCCUCCAAAAACUUUCCUACAUCAGCAUCAUCACGGGUAGGACGGUCAAGGGCACCUCCUGCAGCCAGCAGUAGCCGAUACAGCGUUCGCUGCAGAUUGUACAACACCCCGAUGCAAGCCAUUUCGGAAGGAGAGACGGAGAAUUCUGAUGGGAGCCCUCACGACGAUCGAUCCUCUCAGAGCUCUACAUAGGCUAUGUAGAGGCUGGAGCACACUUCUGACUGUUAAGUGGGGAACUUCACAUUCGCUUGGCUUGUGUGAAUAUAAAAAGCCAAUUCUGUAGCAGCCAAAAACCAUGCAGGGCAAUACUGAUGCUUGAAAACGCGAAGAAAGGCUGAGAGACUGGAAGAAAGAGAAGAUGAUCUGUAGCUAUUUAUUACUUCACAUUUUCUAUAAGUAGAAGCAUAUGCCGAAAAAGUCGACUUUGGUUAACUGUCAUUCAUUACUCUCAUGUUUCCUGCCAUUGAUGUAGAUUUCCAUUAUCCGGUUUUCAGAACUCCCUCUUCCACUCCAAAGAUGCCAUCAAAACAUAAAAAAUGAUCCUCACUGUUGUGCUUCCCUAGGUGGGAAAACAUAAAAUUGCUUGAGGAAUUGGUAUUUUUUUACACUAAAAUGAAGUGAAAUGAAAUUUAAAAGAUACGAACAAAACAGAUGUACAUAUCCAUAUUUUUGAUAAAUAUUUGUAAAUAGAGUUGUUGGAGAGACAGAAAAAAGUGGUUGGUGGCAAAUGAUAACCUUGUUGAAAGACAAAAAAUGGAUAAAGUUAUUGACUGUAUUCUGUGAAUACAAUUUUCAUAUCAAACCUAAUUUACGUAUCUACCACAACCACUUGCAGUUAAAUCAUUAAGCCUCUAACAUGAAUUUUAACACUUGAAUUAGAGGAAAUCCUCAAUUUAAAUAAAAAGCUAUCAUAUUAAAUAGUAUCUGAUUAAUUCUCUUCCCAAAGUGCAACUUUUGGCAGAGGCUUAUUUGGCAGGAACUACAUAUCCAAACUGUUUAGAAACCUGAUUUCCAUUGUGGCUUCUUCCUCAUGCCCCACGUCCCAAACUGUGGCCAAGAAUCCUGAGAAAUAUAGUCACAAGAAACUCUGCGUGGUAUGCUGACAAUAAGGCCAGCCAUUUUAUUAAACAAGUUAAUUUCUUUUGUCUCUUAAACAAUCUACCAUAUUUUGAACCAUCAUAAAUUUCUUUGUUUUUAUGGUAACUGGCUGAGGUCCAAACAUUUUUCUUCCCCAAACAAAUGUGAAAGAUUAAUCAUAGAUUUACCUUCCAAAAUAAUAUCAAACAGACAUGCAGAACAUGUUGGUAGUGUAAUUUUUCUUUAGCAGACCCAGACCGACAUGAUAGGCAAGACAUUGUAUUGAGCAGAUAACAUUUCAAGUUUAUGUAGGGUCCAUAUAAACAGAAACAAACAAACAAAAAAAUGUCAGUGAAGAGAAAAGAAACAUGUCCCUGCAAUUAAUACCCUAGCAACUCUUACAGAUCAACUUGAAUAGAUUAGUCUAAAGUGGUUUUCAAACAAAGGAGAAUCAAAUUGACCAAGUUUUAGCCAGAAAUUGUAAAAAUACUGGCAUACAGCUCCCAGAAUCAUCCAGGCAACAAAGUCACUUGUCAAAGUCACUGCCUGGGGGACGCAUUUAGGAGUACUAGAUAAAUAAGUAACUUUUCCAAAUACUGGUUUUAACUGGCAACACAAAUAUGGAGCAAUAAGAGAAAGAAAACAACAACACAAAGCACAGGGAAUUGCUGCUGUAAAUUGCCUUUUAAUAGAAAAAAACAACAAAACGGGACAUGUUAGAUUCUGAAAUGAAAGAGAUUUAAGUACACUUACAUUAAACAUAUUUAGAACAUAGUCCACAAAUACCUUUUAUUCUCUGUGAGAAGAGAUAUUCCCACCACAUUUAUCUGUAGCUGAUUGCACUAAUUCUAUACAUACGCCCAAGGAGCUAAUACCUAAUUAAAUUAAAGAGCCUACAUCUGAGUGGUUUUGUAGAAGACAGGCCCUAUAGUUUACUUUAAGGCAGAAAUAGAGACUUGUGGGUCUGCACAGCUAAUAAUAAGGAAUUUGUGGAAAUUGUAGAACAAUGCCACUUGAAGUGAUGGUCCCCAGACCUAUGUGAGAGCCAUUUGUCACAAGUCCACAGUGAAAUUCCAGGACAGAAAAGCAAAAAGAAUUAUGGCCAAUGGGUCUAAAUAUGGUGCCAGUACCCAUAAUAUUAGGAAAAUAACCUGCUGAUCACUGGCAUCAGCUAGCCUGAGAAAUAUUGGUCUAGAAUAUCCCCACUUAUGCUUGAAUGUUUAUUUUGAAGGGAUCAAAAGGACAAGUGGGAAGUCUAAGAGGCUGCAGAACAUAUUGUUUUAGCAUUGCCCAGUAGAAUCCAAUUUGGAAGCAUCAGGGGGAAAAGCUCACAUUUUCCUGUGCAGCUUACCUGACUCUUUCCACCAAGAAACAGUCCAAAAUAGCACUAAGAAAAAUAAUGGCAGACAGGAGAACUGGUAAGAAGACAGCUGGAGAAGUUUGUCUUGGAUAGCAUGCCCCAUUUAUAUCCUGUCCUGGGAUCUCCAGAUACAGUUCUUAGCCACCCUUCCGUACCUAAUUACCAUUUCAACAAUGCAAAGAGGUGGUAGGUCAGGCUGAGAGAGUAUGGCAUGCCUAAGAUAAGCUACAAACCUAAACUGAAUUCUAAACCUGGGAUUUGAAUCAAAUUUUCAAAAGAUGUUACCCCCCUUUAAUGAAGAUUGGGGUCAACUAUUCAGUUCUUUGAGCACUGCAGAAACAUCUGAAGCUUUAACCCAACACAUAUUGUUCACACCUCAAGGAGUCGGGCAGGAUAGGAGAAGGCAUGUUGAUAGAACCAUGGGUUGCAUCCAGACUAAGAGUGGAUCUACACUGCCAAAUAAUACAGUUCGAAGGUCUACACUCACCAUAUAAUGAAAUUAAAACUGUUAUUUGGCAAUGUAGAUCCAGCCCAAAUAAUUCUUACUAGUUGGUACAUUUAUAUCUAUAGGUGGGACUUACAUUUUGUCCAGAACAAUUGGAAGAUACCACAAGGUUCAUUCAGUCCAGUUCCUUGCCAUAUAGUAAUACACAAUCAAAGCACUCCCAACAUAUAUCUAUUCAGCCUCGUUUUUUAAAAACCUUUAAAGGAAAAGACUCUACCACACUGCAAGGCAGAAAAAUAAAUAAGGGCAGAAGUGUGAAGCAAUUUCCCAUUUAGGAACUAAAGGGAUAGGGCUGCGAUAAAUAUUUCCAUGGGAGAAUACAAAUUUUAAACUUGCCUAUAGCCAGCUUAAUGUUGGGUUUCAAUGUAAGGAAGAGGUUUCCAGUGUUAUACUCCGUUCCAUGAACUGAAAGUAGCACUUUCGUCUCAUUUAUACAGAGAUAUUCAUGGAGAUGAAAACAAUCAUUUCUUUUUUAAUUGGGCAAUCAGGGAAGCCCUGCAGGACAUUUCCUUCCCCGCUAAAUCUGCAGAAAACAGGUUCUCCUCUCUACCUUUAAGAGGUUUUGUUUCUCAUAUUAGACAAUGAACUCUUUCAAGCAGAAAGAAAUAUGCCCCACCUUUACAGGGAACUAGAUUCCAGAUGUUUUGGUAUUGAGAGGGACCAUGGAGUUCUACUUUACCAUUUAUUAUGUUGGGGAAAGUGAAUCAGAAGCUUCUUCAAAUUUACUGGAAAGAAAGGGGAUUGCGAUCUCUAUUUAAUGAGGGAUCCCUCUUGUUCUGAACAGCAUGGACAUGAAGGAUAAUCUACUGGGAAGAAACGGGUUAGGAACAAUUACCUAGACUGCAACUGCAAAUAAAAUGCUCAAGGUGGCAAUUUUUUUUUGGGGGGGGGAGGGAGAGAAAGUGGCAACAAUGAACCUUCAGAAUGAUAAAGAAGAGGGUGAGAUGGGCCAGACCCAUCCAUUCAUCCAUCUAAGCAGGAAACAAUUAUGGUGCAGGAAUGAAGUCGCACACCAGUGUAAUAAUCUGAAACAUUUCUCCUUGUUUUGAGGAAUGGCAGUGAGCAGAACAAAACAAUCAUCUUGUUAAAUAUAUGGUGAAGGAUGGGCCCAAAUGCCCCCAUGCCAUUGCAUAUAUCACUGGCAUCAUGGAGAGAGGACAGUCUGCUGGCAAUCCUGCUAACUCCAGUAAGCCCCAGAGUUGGUGCCAGGGCCAAUUGACUCCUAUACCAGUUUCCUAGUGAUGGCCCUACAAAUAUAGUCAAUUUGCAUUGGCAGAUGUACACAUUAAUACCUAAUAACAUGAAGUAUUAGAUUGCUGGCUUGCAACCAACUCUGCACUAAGGAAGAAACCCACAUUCACGGCUGGAAGUUUGUUCUCCAAACAAUAGUAAUUGAUACUGUUUCAUUUAUUGGCACAAAAAUAGAAGACAAAACUCCAAAGCUAGGAAGUAGGGUCAUUCCUUGGAAAUCACCUCUAAGAAUCAUACCUGUGGAGUUUGCAUUUUAUCCCCCAAGCUAGAGACAUAUCCUGGAAACCCAGAGUUUAUGAUUAAUCCAACUACUUCACCCUUUAUCACCAAGGAAAGAAUUUAAGCCUUGGGAUAAUAAUAUCAUAGUUAAAGGGCACUCAAAUGUAACCAACAGCUUUACUGCUGCAACACAUAACUAUAAUUCUCAGGAUUUUACAGGGGAAGCCACAUCCAUUAAACAGACUUCAAACAGAUUUAAAUAUGUAGUGUGCCAAAAAUAUAAUAUUGUUAUCUGGGAUGAAAAGCACACUUUUAAUAGGGAAAAAAACUCUCCUUCUAAAGUAACAAGCUUUUCUAUGAUGUUAAGCAGUUAAUUUGGGCAAUGACUGUGAAAGAAGGGGAGGGUUUAAGGAAACAGUAGUUGUUUCAUAUUAUUAUUACCACUGCUAGGCCAAUAAAAGACCUAGUCAUAACCUAAUAACUAAAAUUUUCAAACAGGAUUAGUUUUAUAUUCAUAAACUAAUUAUUAAGCAUGCAACAAAUGCUGUUGAUUCAUCAAUAAAAUCGUACAACAACCUUUCAGUGAAACUUUGUGCAUAACAUUAAUGCUACCUAAAUGUUUAGAGAAAUGACACUGUGAAAAAAAUAGGUGAGAAAUAGGCGUACACUCUUUAUACACUCUUUAUAUAGCUUACUAAAAUAGGAAUGAGGAAGCUCUUUGAUCCAAUACAGAUCAGUUUCCAUCUAUACUAAUUUUACCAGAAAUGCUUUACUUGGGUGAGAAUUGAUCGCAAGUGGGUUGAAAAAGGAAUCAGAAGAAAUACUUUUAAUAAAAAGAAGGCAGGGAAACAAAAGACUGGAUUACUUGAAGUUACUUGAAUUUUCUUGUAAUAAAACAAAAAAAUUGAUGUGAGAUUAAAUUGGGUUUUUAAAAACAAAACACUGUUAUAUACAAAAGAAUAUUGCUUUUCUUCAUUGAUACAUCAGUUUUCCAAUUACAGUACAAUCCAAAAUCAGAUAGAUAUUCAGGCCAAGUUUUCCCAAAUGCAGCCUGCUGCUAUUAAUUGCAGAAAUAAUUAAUGUCAGAAUAUAAAUAAAGAGCCAUUUAGAAAAGGAAUGUGUGGUGUGCAGUACUGAUUGAACAGGGUGGCUGGAUGAAGUCGGUAGUCACUAGUAGGUCGAUGAGUAAGUUGGCUUUAAGAAAAAAGUUAUUUUUAACAUGUAUCUGUGGAAGUGUAAACCAGGGGAAGGAUUGCUGUUUAUUUGCUCAUUGUGAUAGAUUUAAAGGUAUAUUGCACCUGAAGUUGAAGUGAUCAAAUAAAUAAUGAGAUCCAUUCAAAAUCAGGCAUUGGAUUUUCCUUCGUCGGAGAUUCAUGGAAAUAUACUAAGUUUUUUAAGAGUUUCUUACAGCCUUCCAAUGUGGGAAGAGAUGGUUGGUCAGCAUGUGUACAGAAAGACUAGUGAGAUUAGGAGAUUAUUUGCCCAAUACUAGAUUUUGCCCUGCUGGCAAGAAGUGUUUAAGAUGGGCAAACUGAACUGCUGAGCCAGGAUGCCAUCACGAAUUUUGAAGACAUCCUGGCACCAGGCAGAUAUUUUAUGCAGGUAGAAUAGGCAGAUAUGUUGAGACAAAUGUUUAAGAGUUGGUUGCCAGAAAGCAAAAAGGGUUUCAAACCUACAUACUUUGCAGAGGUGUGUAAAGGAAAAGAGUUAGUGCAUUAGAAGCAAGCCUUUUCAAUUGCAGCUAAAUGGGCAAGCUCUGAAGAGUGAUUAUGAAGCAAGUGAAAUGGAAUGCAUUUGUGAGUUAAUAAAAUCUGCAUUGCUUUACAUUAGGACAGCAAAGAAAGAAUAUUAACUUGAUAUCGGAGGCACAAGUGAUGUUUCAGAAUAUUUUGAUCAAAAUGUCCACCAGUAGCACUACUAUAGUAACCUGACUAUGACUGAGCACAUCUCUUGGUGCUAAGACUGAAGGGGUACUGGAAGUUUGGCGUUACAAACAGACAUCGUCAGUACCACCUUCAUGUCAAAUCAGCGUGCCAAAAUGAUUUCCGAAAAGUGCUACACAUACUUUCUAGUAAAACUGUAAGAGAAAACAGCUGAAUUGGUUUCACUAAGAUUUUCUAUGUGCCAUCCAGAAUCCGUUUAAGCCAAUUUUGCCAGUGUUAAUGAAACACUGAGGAGAACAUAGUUACUAAUUUCGUAUUGAGACCACAGAGAGCUAUAUAAAUAAAUAUAUAUAAAUCUAUAUUAAAAAUACAUGCAACUUGAAUUAGAAGGCAGAGAAACACCUUCUAUAUAAUGUCUAUGUAAUGCUCACAAAACUUAUCAUAUAAAUACUUAUUUUGUUUACUCAAAAAAAAUCUAUGACAAAGUGUUUCUAUUUUCUAUUUAUCACAUUAAAGCCCAGUUAAGGUGGAUUAUAAAUCCACUUUUUAAAAAUUAUAUUGAAAAUAAGCCCUGAUAAAGCAAUGUGCUGUAGGCAUGUGGAAUAUUAUUACCCUUAAAGAUUGUCCUCAUUCACAAUGGGGAAGGGAUGCCAACUUUGCACAUUCAGCGUUGUCCCUUCAAUGAACUUAAUGUGAACACCCUUCAUACCUAGGAGCUCCUUGCACAUGUAAAAGGUGCACAGCUACAUGAAUGAAGAGCUUUAUUGAAUACUGUGGGACUCACAAGUAAACAUGCAUAGGAUUGUUCUACACAAGUCGUAUAUGCCUUCAAAGCCCUCAAAAUGGAUAAAAAUUAAGCAAAAACCCGUCUUGAAACAGGGUAGAAAUUAAAAACAAAGCUAACUUGUGAACCAUCAUUCCAACUUACAAUUCUGUUGUUUGCACUGAUGUUACAAGAAUGGGUUUUGAAGUUAUGCAGCUGUUUGUUUUUCUUUGGAUAACAUUUUUCUUUUUCUUUUGAAUAUUGUGGCAGCAUAGAAAAUACGGAUUAGCUAUAGAAAUAAAGCAUAUGUUUGCAUUUGCCAAAGGUCACUGACAAAGAGUGCAUUUGCUGCAAUUGUGGCAGAUUUAGAGAAAUACUGUAGGUUAUGACUUAAACGUUUAAAAACCAAUUAAGAAGGUUACAGUGUAACUAUUUUGGUACUAGCCCCAGUUCAUGCUGGCAGAAGAGACAAUGGUUUAUGGACUUGCAUCCAUUUUGUAUUUUUGUAAUAUUUGUAAAUAUCAAUUUUUAAAUCGUUGCAAAGAUGGUUUCUUUUGUAAAAUGUUUUCAAAGUUUACAUCAAAUCCAAGCCUUUGUAUAUUUUAGAGCUGUGCAACACUUUAAGUCUUGUAUUUAUUUUUUAGUAAAAACAGUGACAGUUUCAUUGUGAACCCCCUUCGAAAAUGUUUCAGAAAAGUUUGAUUAUCUAGGAAGUGUGUAUAGAAACUGCAAAUAAACGUGACUGCAAUUAAA